AUGGCUCAGGAGGCUGUUAGUUUAGACGCCUUGUUCAAACUCUUAAUAAUAGGAGACUCAGGGGUUGGCAAGUCUUGCUUUAUGCUUCAAUUUAUCGAAGGGGACUUUAAAGAAGAUCACACAGUAACAAUUGGGGUUGAAUAUGGCGCCAAAACAGUUCAAGUCGCAGGGAAAAACAUUAAAUUGCAGCUCUGGGAUACUGCUGGCCAAGAAUCCUUCAGAGCAAUUACAAGGAGUUUCUAUAGAAAUGCUAACGGCGUUCUGCUGAUGUAUGACAUUACACAUAAAGAAACCUUUGAAGACCUUGAAGACUGGCUUAAAGAAAUCAGACAAAAUUCAGACCCAGAAGUCACUAUUUGUCUAGUUGGAAAUAUGCUUGAUCUUGCAGAGCAAGAUAGAGAAGUCAGCCCUGAAGAAGGAGAAGAAUUUGCGAAACAGCACAAAUUAGAUGGAUUUAUUGAGGCUUCAGCCAAAACUGCGGAGGGUGUAACUGAGGUAAGUGAGCUAUUUAGGGGUUUCGUUAAAGUAGCUGAAAUUUUGUAUAAAAAAUAUUCUGAAAGAGAAAAUAUCGAGAAAAAAAUUAAUUCACCAAAAGUAGUUUUGGAAAAUAAAAAGCCAACUGCAAAGAAAAAGAAAUGCUGCUAA